GCAGUUAGUUCAGAAGAUUUUACACUUGUAGCUUCUAAGUCAAAUGAAUAUAUCUUUAGAGAGGCGUUGGUCAAAUGGAUUACAACGGAUAAUCUUCUAUUUACCGCUGUUGAGUUAGAAAGCUUUCAGAAGUUAUUUGAAGCAAUCAGAAAAUUAGAAGGUGAUGUUACUGUUCCUUCUGCCAGAAUAGUAAAACAAAUUCUAACUUAUACCCAAGUUAGGUUUGCAAGUCUAGUAGUAUCUAUACAGUAUCCUUCAGAGGAUAUUAUUUGGCAUAUUGAAAAUUUGAUGAAUGAAGCUCAAGAUAAAAAAAUUAAAAUAAAUGCAUUUGUGUCAGAUUCGGCAGAAGAAUAUGCUGCAGCUAG